UUUUGUAAGCAAGUCGUUCAUCUUUCUCUGAUCGGUGCUUCUGUGCAGGUUCCGCUGCAUGUGCUGACAUCAAGGUGCUUGGAGAACUCAUACAUUGAACUGUUUUUAUAAUUAACAUUAUUGUGAACUGUUGUUGUUCGUGCAAGCUUUCUGUUUUUUGUAGCAAUAUCUCGUUUUCUCGGGAAAAAGCAGUGAGGUUGUGUCGCGCAUAAGUGAUAUCUUCGGACAUUUUUCUAAUUUUAAUAUUAGCCACGUGAACUUUCCAUUGCUGUUUAAGCAAAGUAUUAUUUUAGACGUUAGGAGUAAGAAAAUGGUCAUGGAGGCAUCCCCUUCUCCACAAAAUGUCGGUCGUGAAUUUGUCCGACAAUAUUAUACUUUACUUAAUCAAGCUCCUGCGCAUCUUCACAGGUUCUACAAUCAGCAUUCUUCCUUUGUACAUGGAGGAUUAGAUUCUAAUCGGGAAUCAACUCCGGCAAUUGGUCAAAAACAAAUACAUCAGAAAAUUCAACAAUUAAAUUUUCGGGAUUGUCAUGCCAAGAUAAGUCAAGUUGAUUCACAGCUAACUCUUGAAAAUGGUGUUGUUGUGCAAGUAUCUGGAGAACUAUCUAACGCUGGACAACCAAUGCGUCGUUUCACACAAACAUUUGUAUUGGCGAUACAAGCACCGAAAACGUAUUAUGUACAUAAUGAUAUAUUCCGUUAUCAAGAUUUGAUUUUUCCUGAUGAGGAAGAAGCAGAUGUAGGUGGUGUAGAAGGAGACGUGGGUGAGUCCAGUGAGAGGGAAGGAGAAGAAGGAACGCGUUCCGAGCCCGAGGAAGAUCAACAUCAAAAUCAAGGACAACAACUCUCAGUACCGGCUGCAUCUACCGAACCACAAGCUCAACCACCGCUUAUUCCUGCACAACAACCUGUACUUCAACAACAACAGCAGAUGUAUUACGCUCCGCCACCUCAACAGUCUCAUGUACACCCUGUAAUGCAACAAGUUCUAAACGGAUCGGUUCACGAAGAAACUUCGCUGAUCAGUCAACAGCCACCGCAACAGCAGCAGCAGCAACCACCACCUCCAGCACCGGCACAGCAACAUCAAUAUAUAACUGAACCUACAUCGCAAACGCAGUUUGUACAAGAAACAGAAAUGGACAGUGCAACUGAACAGUCACCGCAAACAGAGAAUGAACCACAGGCUCAAGCAAACGAGAUUCGCGAACAACCUGAAGCUGAAACAUUUACUGCUUCUGUACAAGAAUCUGAACCAGAACAUCAGGUGUCGAACACAAAUGUAACCAGUAGUGGACCGAAAACGUAUGCCAAUCUUGUGAAAUCCUUCCCAAGUACCACUGGCGCUACCAGUCCUCAAGCUCCCAAGUUGUCUAUGUCACCGCCUCCAAUGACAAACUUGCGUUUGGAUGAUAGAUCGCCGAUGCAUCCAACUAGCAGUGGACCCGCACUUUGUACGUCAACCAAUGUUUCUACACCUCAACAACAGACUCACAGAAUUGGAAAUCAACAACCACAACAUCAACAACAUCAACAACAGCGAACUUCAAGAGGGGGCGCGGUACAACGAGAUGGCGAUCGUCGUGGUACGAGGCAGAGUCAAUACAAUGAUGCUCACCAAUUGUUCCUUGGAAACUUGCCGCUUAACGCAUCGGAAGAUGAUUUGCGCCAAUUAUUCGAAGCUUAUGGUAGAGUAGUGGAGUUGCGCAUACACAGUAAAUCGAACGAUAGGUGCAAAGGACCACAAGGAAAUAAUACAGGAAAAGUGCCUAACUAUGGAUUCAUCACCUUCGAAGAUCAACAAGUCGUUACCAAAGUUUUGCAAGACUUGCCGAUUUAUUAUCCUGCUGAAAACGGGUUAAAACUAAAUGUUGAAGAAAAGAAGGUUAGGCCUAGAAUGUCAAUGGAUGGCAGCGGUGGCCGGUUGAAUUCAAACGACGGUAAUAUGAGAGCAAUGGGUGGCCAGCAACAACAACAACGAGGACCUGGUGGACCUGGGGGUGUAAUGAGAGGUGGACAGCAUGGCACGAGAGGUGGACGAGGAGGAUUCUCUCGAGGUGGUGAUGGUGGAAGGGGAGGUGGAAUGCGACAGCCCGGUAAUCCAAGCAAUCCGAGCUACCAAAAUCGUCGCUAAUACUUGAAGCAAUGUUAAAGGCAGUCUACAAUUUCUUUCUUCUUCAACAAGUCAUCGGUAUAUAAUUACCAUCCUCAUUUCAAAAUACAAAAUCCAAGACUAUCUCGUAUGCCACCCGACGUGAUUAAAGGCGCUAUCCUUUUACGCUUAAACAACGCUUGCAUCGUUCGUCAAGCAACAAAUAUAGAUGAAGCAGCUCAAACUGUAUGGUACACGAACUCGAGUAGGGAUAAUCGGGUUAUAUCGCAUUUAAGCUAAGUUCGUCGUGUUCGUGGACAAGGAUAACGACGUAGCUAACCGAUUUGUUGAACGUUCAACUUAAUUCGUUGAAUAUUUGAUGAAGUAAAUACUACGAGUUCGUUCUUCAUACAUCGACGUCAGGCAACUUACAAGACUUUACAAUGAAAACAAAACUACCAACCAUUUGCAUAUACACGUAUAUGUACAGCGAAGUGACGCGUGAUAUCCACCUUAGAAAUGUGGGCGUUUUUUGUCUACCGAUACCGUGGCCCAUCGUUUCUUAGAAGUCAACAUCCAAGAAGGUAAAUAAUUGCCAAGUUGUGGUGAAGUGCUGAAGAUACCUAGAACAAAAGGACGAAGAAAGAACACCAUUGAAACACAUGUGCGGCGUGGGACAAGGGACAGUGUUGGAAACGUACACGCAAUAUGUAUAUGUCGGACUGGGGUUCGGGUAACACACCUUUUGUUUCUCUUUUGGAUGAACACCGCGAAAGUCAUACGUCGCUCUUUUAAUUUUCUCCGUUUGCCAAUCGGAUGGAGACAUAAGCGGUGCGAAUUCCGCUAUCGUAUAAGUAAGUUUACGAGCCAAACUAAACGAAAUUAAAACGAGAGGAUACGAACCGUCUUAAUUAUAAAAAAAAGAAAUCGUCAUAUAUUUCAUAUGCUCUCGAGUUAAUUCAUUGACUGCCGAUGAAACGUUCCACCUAAAUGUAGAAAGUCGGCAAUAAUGUUUAUAGGUGGUAGUUGGUCGGUGUUGGUUAACGAGUAGAGAACCGCGGUUCUUCUGUGGUCGCAUACAAAAAGACACAGUCGAUUUUUCUCACAGAACAUGGCCAAUUAUUGAUCGACCGGUAUCGAUUAAUAGUGGGACAGUACCCUUUAGACUGCAGCUGGUCUCGCCGUUUCCUAAUUCAUCCGCGUGCCGCUUACCCUCUAUUUCGUUCUAAUCUGCUGAUUCUUUUCGAUUUUUCUCUUUCUCUUCCCGACGUAUCAUUUCUUAUAGGCUCUUUUGCUUUAUUACGUUUACAUUUACUUAUUUCUUAUUCGCUAAUUUCGCCGGGUCGAUCUUUCGUUUCUUCUUCUUCUUCUUCUUCUUCUUCUUCUCUUUUUUCUUUUCUCUUCGGAUCGGAUAAGCAAAAAUGGUGUCUCAAAAUUCGAAAUUCGUUGAUUCGGUUCAUCAUUAGUGGUCUCUGGUGAUCGCAGAACUCGCAAUGCGCGGUUAAAAGAGAGGAAGGGAGAUGGGGGAAAAGAGAGAGAGAAAAAGAGGCCUAGUACCGUUAUAACGCAAAAUUUGAUCCGUUCUUUGAGUAUUUUUUACGCAAAACCUAUUUGCGAAAAUUUCUUUAUGUACUAGCGAUGUAUAUCGAUGAAACUGAAAUUUUCCUCCCGUACUAAUAUAACUAGCGUUAUUCUUGUAAUUAUUAUACAUACGUAAAUAGAAAGUCUUCAAACAUUAAUACAGAAUCGGUCGAGAGUGAUAAAUAUUGUAUAUUAAAAUAUUAAACUUUUUCCGGCUGGCUCUUUUUCUUCGAUAUGUGUAUACAUACAUAAAUAUAUAUAUAUAUACAUAUACUUUUUUAAACAUCUUGUUAGUUCUCCAUAUGCUAAUGGUCGCACUUUUGAAGGCUUCAAUCUCUACACGUCGACGUAUGAAAACAUCAUUUCAUUCGUGUAAAGUAACAGCAGCAAUUUAGUAAAAUUAGAUUUACGAUUAAACUUGAAACUUUUCUUAGAGAAUGUAAAUUUCAGCACGUGCACUUACUGUACAUCGUCGAAUGGAAUUGAGAAACAUUUUUAUUCUCGUAUGUUCGUAACUACGUAUUACCAUAAUUUAUAAGUAGUACUUUCCUAUUUGUACUCUCAAUGCGUGUCUGUAUAAAGGCGCUAGGACAAACGGAACCGAGAAGAAGGAGAAUCACAUGUUUAUCAAGAAAAGCACUAGAAAUAUUUUCAAAUUUCUAUUUACGUGUACGCAAGAUGAGUCCUGCGAUUAUUAGAGACAGGGUGAUAUACUUUUCCUGGUCGUGCUUCAUGUUUCUGCCAACAGGAACACCAUUUGUUAAAAUUCAUCGCAUCAAAAGUCAUCGAUCGAUUGAAAUAAUGGUUUUGCAAGAUAAUAUUGAAACAGUAUAAAAAAAAAGAAAACAAGAAAUCACAAGUGCAAACCGUAAUGAGAAGACUACCAUUGUCGCGAAACGGUCGUGCGCGCAUGUUAAUUUAUGUGCCAUCGCGUAUAUACACCUCGCUGAAACUCGAGUGCGCAUAUGUAAACACAGAAAAAAAGACCGACGUUGUUCUUUCAUAACAGUGAUAAACUAGAGGUGAUACGAAUACGUCGAUGGUGGUAAAUUAAUCGAUUCAAAAUUCAGCAGAGAAAUAGGAACUUACAAAGUGCAUGGCGACUAAAUCGCCAGAUGCUACGACAUUAAGGCUGAGAACUUGUGAAAAGUAAUUGUUUACGUUUCUUAUCAAUCCAUAAAAAUCGUUGCGUAGUCUACGUUCGAACAUCCGCAAUAGUUUGUAAUCGAACGCGUUACAAUUGCUAUGUCUGGGAUAUAGCAGAGUCAUCGCUGAUCAAACGCCUGGUCUUCGUUGUACCCCCCCCUAACACGCCGCCGCUACCCCCUUUAAGAUAUUUUAGUUAGGUAGGGUUUCACUUUGCGGAAGUUUGCGUACAAAAAUUUUUUGUUUCCGAUACAUUGCUUUCGUAUUGUAGCGAUGAAGCUGCUCGAUCUCAGUCGUAGAUAAAGAGGCAAUUUCGCGUGAUUGUUUGGCUGUACAAUCAUGAUAUUUAUGAACCACCACUGCUUAUUGUCUGUAGAAAAAAUUGGAACCAUUCGUACGGUAAAUUUUACUAGUAAAAGCAAUCGUUAAGAAAUGGUGAAUCGUUUAUUUCGCCGAUUUUAACAUCGCCGAUGUCUUCUAUUUACAGACAAUGACAUUUUCAAAUGUAUAAAUAAUAGCGUUCUAAGUUUUUAUACAUCUCAUGUUAUCUCUCCUUAUGUCUUCGAUGCGUGUAUACUAUUUUGAUAUAACAUUGCACCAAUGGAUAAAUAAUUUGCCAAUGCACGUGUCAUGCAACCGUGAUAAACGGAAAGUGUUCAGAAGCCACGAUUACGCGAAAUCGUCCCUUUAUACUUGAACGAAAGCUGCAAAUUUUUAGUGUGAAUGUUUUCGUUUUUAAGUGACUAUUUUUAGUGAUAAUAAUAAUAAUAAUAAUAAUAAUAAUAAUAAUAAAAAGAUAAAUAUAAUGAACGAAAAAAGGAAUACGAAGAAACACAAAUAAUUAUAACAGUAUAAUAAUUAGAGGAUGACUAUUAAUAAGUUGUGAAUUUUUGUAGUAUACAUUUUUAUUUCGGUCUACUAGGCCAGUUUGUGUGUACAACCAUGGACAACGUUACUACACCAACAACAACAAAAAUAAUGUUAAAGGAAAAUGAAAAAAAAAAACAAACGUCAAAUGUAUUGUAACUUUUUGCAUUUAGUAUAAUAUACCUACCUUACUACCAACUCCUAUCAGUAUCUCUUUAUUUGUCUGAACAUUACCAUUUCGUUGAACUUUUAAGAAAACCUGUUCGAUUUACAAAUUUCUGUUGGGUAUUGUGUAUGUUGUACGAGUACACGAGUAAUCAAAUAUAGUAAUAACGUCGAGUAAAUGUUGUCAUUUACGAUUGUUUCGAAUGAAAAUUAAUUUCCCUCGUUAACGACAAAUUUCCAUUAGCGUAAACUAUAUACAUUUCUUCGUCGAUACGUGUACAUUAGAAAAUUUCUUCGAACACAGAGAAAAAGAAAAGUAUGGAAAAGCUUUCGUUACUUUCGAACACUUUCUAAAACGAACAGUUUCAGAUUGUAAGAAAAUCUCCAUAAUUUUUGUAACAAUUAUAAAAUGCUUGUAUUACAAUUUACUCAAUUUUCUUCUUUAUUUGCGACAAAUUGACACACCGAUUUUGAGUGAAAUACAAAACCUUCGUUUCUCGUAGAUGCGUAAAGUCCUGUACUUGUAAAAACUUGAAUCAAUUUAUUUCCAUUGCCAAAGGAAAAAUGAGAGUCGAUGAAGUCAUGGUCAUCCGUGAUUACUAUGUUGUCGCUAUUAUGACCUAGUUCAUCUGUGGAACAAUUGGCAAAUCUGCAACAGCUUGUAUUGUUUAGACAUGGACAAAUACUGUACUCGGUAACGCUUACUAUGCAACAGACUAUGCAAUGUAGAGUUUGAAUCAAACGAGAAAUUACAGAACAGUGGAACUUUGAUAGUUGUAGAUCGAAGGAAAAUUGGGAUUGAAAAUUCCUACAAUCGUCGAGGUAAUCGAUUAGAUAAGAGGACCUCGACUUACCCAACGUAUCCCUACCAUCAAAAUUUGACCUCUCGUAUAAUCAGAGAAUUCUAAUCUGUAAUUUUGUCUGAAACGGUAGACAAGCCACUUAUUGUUGACUCUUUGUGGCACAGGAAUUUUAUUGCGUUUCAAAUCAAACAAAAUUGUUAUAUUUUUAUUAAUAAAGGUAUGAGUAAUAGACAGGUAUUAGUAAUAAAGGUAUAGUCAGAGAAUUCUAAUCUGUAAUUUUGUCUGAAAUGGUAGACGAGCCACUUAUUGUUGACUCUUUCAGGAAUUCUGGUCAUAAAAUAGACUCAUGUUGCACGGGAAUUUUAUUGCGUUUUAAAUCAAACAAAAUUGUUAUAUUUUUAUUAAUAAAGGUAUCACACCUAUACACAUGCAGCUAUUGCAAAAUUUCAAGGUGGGAUUAAAAAUGUCCCACCACGCAUUACGGUCCAUCAAAAAGGUGGGACACUUUUAAUCCCACCGUGCCCCAAAGAGUUAAGCGACCUCGCCCAUUGUGCAAGUAUCGAGGUUCUACUGUCCUUAUAAUAUUGGGUUGUCCGGAAAGUUCAUGCCUAUUUUUAAGAGAAAUACAAAGGCAUAUUUGAAUUUUCAUUUAUAUUUAUUGAAUUAUGUAUGUACCACUUUGUUCUACAACCUUUCCACCUGUUAAGGAAUGUACAAAGGCAUAUUUGAAUUUUCAUUUAUAUUUAUUGAAUUAUGUAUGUACCAUUUUGUUCUGCAACCUUUCCACCUGUUAAGGAAUGUACACAUAUUAUUUGAUUUCAGCCAUUCCGAUAUAUUCAGACCUGUACCGCUUACUAAAAAUCGGCAUGGACUUUCCAGACAGCCCAAUAAAAUAAAUCACAUUCAACGAUCUCUCAAUUGUCUUCUGAAUAAAACUAAACUAAAGAAUUACACUUUAAUUUGUAUGCGAAGCUCGAUUCGAGUUUUAACCAGUUUUAUACUGGCUACAUCAUCAGUUACAUUGUACAAUAAUCUACUUUUACGAGGACAAUUCGGUGGCACGGUGAUGACAACAGGUUUUAAGCAGAUUUGUUAUACGCAAUUUAAUACGUUUGUUAUGAAAUAUUUGUAUCCUAUUCGGAAUCAAUUGCUAAAUGAACGAUCUCGAUCUUUGGUCGAUUAUAAGAGCAAUGUUAAAUAAUAUAGUAAUAAGAGACAGGUAAAAGUACUCUAAAGUACCGAUUAAUCGUUGUCUUGUUUUAUAUCGCAAGAAUCUUCUUUAAUUCCAGCUAAUGUGCUCUCACAUUACUAGAGAAUGCGUUUCCGCGCCGUUUCGCUUGUUCCCUAUCUAUUUUCUUAAACUGCUGCAAUUGUCUAGCAUAGUUGAGUAACUCGCGAGAGCACUUUAUAGUCUGCACGAUAAUUAGGCUUAACAAACGAAACCAUUAUUUAACGAAAUUACUGCGUUCUGUGUCGCAUAUAUUUGAACUCUUCAAUUAUAAUGUACUUUACGUACACGUUUACAUUAUACGUGAAACUUUCGAGAAGGAUGUCUACUUUCAAUUUGCUUGUAUCGUGUUCACUUGACCGACUACCGUUUAUAUUUAAUCUAAGUGUCGAUGGGAAACAUUUAUACCCUAAAAGUUUGUAAAUUUUUACGACCCUGUAUUGUUACUCAUUUAUUCCGACUUGACAUAAUAAUGUUGAUGUAUCUAGAUAUUUGAUACUUUUUUAUUUAUACCAAUAUUAAAUGAAUUUGAUCAGA